AACUUUAGUAGUUUUGCAGAGUAGUAGACUAACAUGAAAUUCUUAAUAAUUUUUGCUUUGGCUUUGGCCAGUGCCACCGCUGAAUUGCAGCAGCGCAAUGUUGUAGUACCCGUCGUUGAAACUGAGGGUCGUAUUACCAAUGGCAAUAAUGCUGCUGUGGGUCAAUUUCCCUAUCAAGUUGGUUUGUCGUUGAAAGUUAAUUUUCUUUCCUCCUCCUGGUGUGGUGGUUCUUUGAUCGGCAACCAAUGGGUUUUGACUGCUGCCCAUUGUACUGAUGGCAUUAACACCAUUACCGUUUACUUGGGUGCUACCGUGCGUACCGUAGCUGAAGUUAGCUAUACUGUUACCAAGGAUAAUGUCUUGAUUCAUGCUGGCUGGAAUAGUAAAACUUUAAAGAAUGACAUCUCUUUGAUUAAAAUCCCUGCUGUGGCUUAUUCAGCCAAGAUCCAACCAGUUAAAUUGCCCGCCAUUGCCAAUUCUUACUCUACAUAUACUGGUGAUUAUGUUAUUGCCUCCGGUUGGGGUCGUAUCUCUGAUGAAGCCAGUGGUGUUACUAAUCAUUUGCAAUGGGCUCGCAUGCAAGUAAUCAGCAAUGCUGUUUGUGCUCAAACUUAUGGUUCGGCAAUUGUUACUGCCUCCAAUAUUUGCAUUUCUACUGCUAAUGCUGUUUCCACCUGUAAUGGUGAUUCUGGUGGUCCUUUGGUUUUGGAAUCCAGCAAGGUUCAAGUUGGUUUGACUUCGUUCGGUGCUAAAGUUGGAUGUGAAAAGGGUUAUCCUACCGCUUUUACCCGUUUGACUAGCUAUUUGACCUGGAUCCAGGCCAAUACUGGUAUUGCCUACUAAGUGUUUUCAUGUAGUUGAUAGUAAUCGAAUAAAAUUGUUUUAAUUUAUUAAACAA